AUGAUCACAUCCCUGGACCGUACCCAUGCUGGCUUCUACCGUUGCAUCGUGCGCAAUCGCAUGGGAGCCCUACUGCAAAGGCAGACCGAAGUGCAGGUGGCAUACAUGGGAAGUUUUGAGGAGAGUGAGAAGCAGCAGAGUGUCUCCCAUGGUGAAGCCGCUGUCAUCCGUGCUCCUCGCAUCGCCAGCUUCCCUCGGCCACAGGUCACAUGGUUCCGUGAUGGGCGCAAAAUCCCACCCAGCAGUCGCAUAGCCAUCACACUGGAGAACACUCUAGUGAUCCUGUCAACAGUAGCACCUGACGCUGGAAGGUACUAUGUGCAGGCCGUGAAUGACAAGAAUGGAGACAAUAAAACCAGCCAACCCAUUACGCUUACUGUGGAGAAUGUAGGUGGCCCAGCUGAUCCCAUUGCACCAACCAUCAUUAUUCCACCACGCAACACCAGCGUAGUCUCUGGCACUUCCGAAGUGACCUUGGAGUGUGUGGCCAAUGCUAGGCCACUCAUCAAACUGCACAUCAUUUGGAAGAAGGGUGGGAUGCCCGUGUCUACCGGCAUCAGUGACUUCAACCGGCGCCUGACCAUCCUCAACCCCUCUCUGAGUGACAGCGGCUAUUACGAAUGUGAAGCUGUGCUGCGCAGUAGCAGUGUGCCCUCUGUGGUCCGUGGAGCCUACCUCUCUGUGCUGGAGGCACCUCAGUUCACCAAGGAACCAGAGAGACAUAUCACAGCUGAAAUGGAGAAGGUGGUACAGAUUCCAUGCCAAGCCAAAGGGGUACCUCCACCCAGCAUGUUCUGGUACAAGGACGCCAUGCUGCUCAGAGUGGAAAAGCUUGCUCGUUUCCAGCUCGUCGCCAAUGGAAGCCUGCAGAUCAGUGGGUUGGAACCGGACGAUACAGGGAUGUUCCAGUGUUUUGCCCGGAAUGCUGCUGGCGAGGUGCAGUCCUCCACAUACCUGGCCGUCACCAGCAUUGCCCCCAACAUAACCAAAGGACCUCUGGACAGCACAGUGAUUGAUGGAAUGGCAGUGGUGCUCAGCUGCGAGACCUCAGGGGCUCCCCGACCAGCUAUCACCUGGCAGAAAGGUGAACGGAUCCUGGCCAGUGGCUCGGUGCAACUUCCUCGUUUUACACUGCUGGAGUCAGGAAGCCUUCUCAUCAGCCCAGCCCGGAUCUCAGAUGCUGGCAGCUACACUUGCCUGGCCACCAACUCCCGUGGAGUUGAUGAGGCCUCUGCUGAGCUUAUAGUCUGGGCCCGGACACGCAUCACCAACCCACCUCAGGAUCAGAGCGUCAUCAAAGGCACCAAGGCUUCCAUGACGUGUGGCGUGACUCAUGACCCCAGUGUAAUCGUACGGUACAUGUGGGAGAAAGACGGUGCAGCCCUGAAUGUGGAGAGUGUGCCACGGCUGCGGCUGGACACGACGGGCACUUUACACAUUGCCCAGACUUGGUCAGGUGAUAUUGGCACCUACACCUGUCGGGUGGUGUCUGCAGGAGGCAAUGAUUCUCGCAGUGCCCACCUACGAGUCCGGCAGCUCCCACAUGCACCAGAAAACCCCACUGCCAUGCUGAGUGCUGUGGAGAAACGUGCCAUCAACUUGACGUGGACCAAACCCUUUGAUGGGAAUAGCCCACUGCUGCGUUACAUCCUUGAGGUCUCCGAGAACAAUGCUCCCUGGACUAUACUCAUGCCCAGCAUGGACCCUGAGGUCACCUCGGUGCUAGUAAGAGGAUUGGUCCCUGCCCGCUCGUAUCAAUUCCGACUCUGUGCAGUGAAUGAUGUGGGCAAAGGCCAGUUCAGCAAGGACACGGAGAGGGUCUCUCUCCCAGAGGAACCCCCCUCAGCACCCCCGCAGAACGUCAUUGCCAGCGGCCGGACUAACCAGUCCAUCAUGAUCCAGUGGCAGCCACCACCUGAAAGUCACCAGAAUGGCAUCCUCAAGGGCUACAUCAUCAGGUUUUGCCUGGCUGGACUGCCCGUUGGCUACCAGUUUAGGAAUAUCACCAAUGCUGAUGUCAACAACGUGCUCCUUGAAGACCUGAUCAUUUGGACCAACUACGAGAUAGAGGUGGCUGCAUACAACAGUGCUGGACUAGGAGUGUACAGUCCCAAAGUCACAGAGUGGACUCUACAGGGUGUUCCUACCGUGUCCCCGGGUAACGUGCAGGCUGAGGCCACCAACUCCACCACCAUUCGCUUCACCUGGAACCCUCCCAGUCCCCAGUUCGUCAAUGGCAUCAACCAAGGCUACAAGCUGAUUGCCUGGGAACCAGGACAAGAGGAAGACAUGACUGUGAUGACAGUGCGGCCUAACUUCCAAGACAAUAUCCAUGUGGGAUACAUCCCAGGUCUCAAGAAGUUCACAGAAUAUUUCACAUCAGUGCUGUGCUUCACCACCCCUGGAGACGGACCCCGCAGUCCACCGCAGCUGGUGCGCACCCAUGAGGACGUGCCGGGUCCCGUCGGACACCUCAGCUUCAAUGAGAUCCUAGACACAUCUCUGAAGGUCAGCUGGCAAGAGCCCCUGGAAAAGAACGGCAUCCUGACAGGCUACCGAAUCUCCUGGGAAGAAUAUAACCGCACUAACACACGUGUAACACACUAUCUACCGAAUGUGACUCUGGAAUAUCGCGUCACUGGCCUCACAGCCCUCACCACCUACACCAUCGAAGUGGCAGCCAUGACCUCCAAGGGACAGGGGCAGGUGUCCUCCUCCACGAUUUCCUCCGGGGUUCCUCCAGAGCUCCCUGGGGCUCCUACCAACCUUGGCAUCUCAAACAUUGGUCCCCGUUCAGUCACUCUUCAGUUUCGUCCUGGAUAUGAUGGGAAGACCUCCAUUUCUAGGUGGCAGGUAGAGGCUCAGGUGGGUCAGGUUGGGGAGAGUGAGGAGUGGAGCCUCAUCCACCAGCUGUUCAAUGAGCCAGAUGCCCGUUCCAUGGAAGUGCCCAACCUCAAUCCCUACACAUACUACAGCUUCCGCAUGAGACAAGUGAACAUUGUAGGCACCAGCCCACCAAGCUUGCCUUCUCGCAGGAUUCAGACGCUGCAGGCCCCCCCUGACAUCGCUCCUGCCAAUAUUACGCUGCGAACAGCCAGUGAAACUAGCCUCUGGCUGCGAUGGGUGCCCCUGCCAGAAACAGAGUACAAUGGGAGCCCUGAGUCUGUGGGGUACCGGUUGCGCUAUUCACGCCUAGAUGGGCGCAGUCGCACACUGACCAACACCAUUCAUGACCGUAUGGAGCGUGAAUUCACCAUUGAGGACCUAGAAGAAUGGACUGAGUAUCGUGUGCAGGUGCAGGCCUUCAAUGCCAUUGGGCCUGGGCCGUGGAGUCAGACCGUGGUGGGGCGAACUCGGGAGUCAGUGCCUUCAUCUGGACCCACCAAUAUCUCAGCCCUGGCUACUACAUCUACCUCUGUGCUGGUGCGAUGGAAUGACAUCCCUGAGGCUGACCGAAAUGGGCUUGUUCUGGGUUACAAAGUGAUGUACAAGGAGAAGGAUUCAGAUGCAAAGGCCCAGUUCUGGUUGGUGGAAGGCAAUGCUUCACGGAGUGCUCAGCUGACAGGCUUGGGAAAAUAUGUCCUGUAUGAGAUCCGAGUGCUGGCCUUCACUCGCAUUGGUGAUGGUGUGCCCAGCCACCCACCCAUCCUUGAACGCACACUGGAUGAUGUGCCUGGGCCCCCAGUAGGCAUUCUCUUCCCUGAAGUGAGAACUACUUCUGUCCGGCUAAUAUGGCAACCACCUGCUGCUCCCAAUGGAAUCAUUCUUGCGUAUCAAAUCACCCACCGCCUCAACACGACAACUGCCAAUUCAGCCAGUGUGGAAGUACUGAACCCCAGCGCACGCCAGUUUACUGCUACUGGACUCAGACCCGAGUCCACCUAUCUUUUCCGUAUCACAGCCCAAACCCGAAAGGGCUGGGGCGAAGCAGCAGAGGCCCUAGUGGUCACAACAGAAAAGAGAGACCGUCCCCAACCUCCCAGCAAACCGAUCGUAUUGCAGGAAGAUGUCAAGGCAAGGAGUGUGCUGUUAUCCUGGGAGCCAGGCAGUGAUGGGCUCUCACCAGUUCGCUAUUACACUGUGCAAACACGGGAACUCCCCGAUGAGAAAUGGGUGCUACAUUCUGCUUCUGUCAACCACAACAUGACAUCCUAUGUAGUCAGCAGGCUGAAGCCCUUCACCACUUACAAAUUCCGGGUUAAGGCAACCAAUGACAUUGGUGACAGCGAGUACAGCGAAGAAUCAGAAUCACUCACCACCUUACAGGCUGCCCCAGAGGAAGCUCCCGUCAUCUUGUCAGUGACACCUCACACCACCACGUCCGUGCUGAUCCGCUGGCAGGCUCCAUCGGAAGACAAAAUCCAUGGCAUCCUGCUAGGCUUCCGCAUCCGCUAUCGGGAACUGGCGUAUGAGGGGGUGCGAGGCUUCAUUGCGCGCACGGUUGCCAAUCCCAAUGCAAAAUGGACAGAGUUGACCUCAACCUAUGCCGUGCGGAACCUGACCGAGGCAACCCUCACGCAGUACGAGCUGGACAAUCUGAACAAGCACCGCCGUUAUGAGAUCCGAAUGAGUGUCUACAAUGCUGUGGGUGAGAGCCCCACCAGUUCACCACAGGAGGUCUUUGUGGGAGAGGCUGUCCCCACAGCUGCACCACAGAACGUGGCCAUCCAAAGUGCCACAGCCACCCAGCUCGACAUCACAUGGGAGCCGCCCCCUCCUGAGGCACAGAACGGAGACAUCCAAGGUUACAAGAUCUUUUUCUGGGAGGCCCAGCGGCAGAAUGAAACGGAAAGGAUUAAAACACUCUUCUUGCCCGAGAAUGGUGUCAAACUCAAGAAUCUGACUGGCUACACUGCGUACCUCAUCACCAUCCUGGCCUUCAAUGCUGCAGGCGAUGGACCUCGCAGUCCACCGAUCAGGGGCAGGACCCAGCAAGCAGCUCCGAGCUCCCCAGGUGCCAUCAAAUUCAGUGAGCUCACCACCACAUCUGUCAAUGUGUCCUGGGAGCCACCAGCCUUCCCAAAUGGAAUCUUGGAAGGUUACCGGCUCAUCUAUGAACCCUGCAUGCCUGUGGAUGGUGUCAGCAAAAUUGUAACAGUGGAUGUGAAGGGGAACAGUCCCCUCUGGCUGAAAGUCAAAGAUUUAGCAGAAGGUGUUACAUACCGGUUCCGAAUCCGAGCCAAGACUUUCACUUAUGGGCCAGAAGUAGAAGCUAACAUUACUACAGGACCAGGGGAAGGUGCUCCAGGUCCCCCAGGUGAGCCCUUCAUCUCCAGGUAUGGUUCAGCCAUCACCAUCCAUUGGUCAAGUGGUGACCCAGGCAAAGGGCCCAUCACCAGAUACGUUAUCGAGGCGCGCCCUUCAGACGAAGGGCUGUGGGACAUUCUCAUAAAGGACAUCCCCAAGGAAGUGACCUCAUACACCUUCAGCAUGGACAUUUUGAAGCAGGGUGUCAGCUAUGACUUCCGGGUCAUUGCUGUCAACGACUAUGGCUAUGGAACACCCAGUGCCCCCUCCCCAUCAGUCUCAGCUCAAAAAGCUAAUCCCUUCUAUGAAGAGUGGUGGUUUCUGGUGGUCAUUGCUUUGGUGGGACUGAUCUUCAUCCUCCUCCUAGUCUUUGUCCUAAUCAUCCGUGGGCAGAGCAAGAAAUAUGCCAAGAAGUCAGACUCAGGAAGCAACUCCAAGUCAAAUGCACUGGGUCACGGCGAGAUGGUUAGCCUGGAUGAGAGCAGUUUCCCUGCUCUGGAGCUGAACAACCGGCGCCUGUCAGUGAAAAAUUCCUUCUGCAGGAAGAAUGGAAUAUAUACAAGAGCUUCCAUGUCUCUCCCGAGGUCCCCGCCACGACCCAGCCCUGGCUCUCUGCACUACUCAGAUGAAGAUGUUACCAAAUACAACGACUUAAUCCCAGCUGAGAGCAGCAGCCUCACCGAGAAGCCUUCGGAAAUCUCUGACUCACAGGGCAGUGACAGCGAAUAUGAAGUUGACCAGAAUCACCAGAAAGCGCAUUCUUUUGUCAACCAUUACAUCAGUGACCCAACAUAUUACAAUUCAUGGAGGCGCCAACAGAAGGGCAUUUCUCGGGCUCAAGCCUACAGCUAUACAGAGAGUGACUCUGGUGACCCUGACCAUUGCCCAAUGUCCAACAGCACCAGCACCCAGCAGGGUAGUCUCUUCCGGCCCAAACCCAGUAGGACUCCAACCCCACAAACUCCAGUCAACCCUCCCAGCCAACAGAGCACCCUUUACCGACCUCCCAGUAGCCUUGCCCCUGGAUCCAGAGCCCCUAUUGCUGGCUUUUCUUCUUUUGUCUGACAUUUCAAAAAGAAAGAAGAAAAAAGAGGAAAAAAUGGCUGAGAAGAUAAAUUCGUGGAUUUAAUAAUGGUGGUGAUAAUGAUGAUAAUAAUAACAAUAAUAAUAAUAAUGAAGAACAUUUUGGUCCAGAAUUAUUAUUUUUCAGAGGCGAUGAGAAGAUCAUGUGGGAGACAAUCAGACAUCACUGAGUUCGGAAUCACUGACUGACUGACUGACUGCUGCUGCUUCUAGUAUUGCCAGUGUUCUUCAAAAUUACCUGUCUGUAGAUGUACAUCUGGAGCGAAGCAGGAGACAAGGCCUUCAGGCCUAGUGCUGAAGGAAGGAAGGCAACAGGGUAAAAAGAUUGGGAGCCCCAAAGCUAAGAAAUCACUGGGUGUUGCAUACCACCAUUCACCUUCCUAGCCAGAGGAAGAAGUGAUGAAGUGACAUAUCUCAGAAUUGUCUUUUGGGGUUUUAAUUAGUUUUAUUUUUCUCCUCCAACCAAAGCUUUCCUCGGAGGGGAAUGGGUUAAAGCUCUGCAAGCUGGAAACAUGAGCCAGUUGGACUGCUUGGUCAGGGUUCAGUACAGUACCUGCUAGCGUGAUGUGCAACAAAGCCUGACCCUGCCCAAUAUGGGAGCAUGCUUCAGGCAGCUAGCAACCGGCCAGUGUGAGAGGAAGACUCCCAAGACUCCCCCCUCCUGCAGUGCCACAGUGGCUGCUGGGCUGGAACGACACUCAAAGGAGUCCCAGUCCCUGAGGCUGCCUUGAAGGAACUGCAGACGUUUGGGCUGGGUGAACAACUGUCUCGGCCUCCUUUUUCGCUCUUUGACUCACAGCCAGAAUAUUUUCAGAAGUUAACCAAACUGAAUGGUGCUGACUAAAGACAAUGUGGUUUCUUUUUUUGUGUCCUUUGAGGUGAAAAGGGGAGAAAAGUACAUUGGAGAAUGGUUGGGAGGAAGCUGGCUCCUUGAAAGCAAUCAGGAAGUUGUCCUUACACAGCCAGUAUCACCUCAGUGGAAAGCAGCCUCCUGCAUUUUUCUGGGAGAGAGAGCUAAGCACCUGCAGCCAAACCAAGCCACAAGGCAGAAUCGGCCCCACAUGGUUGGAUAGUCUCUCAGCGCCCUGUUUUCUUCUCAGUUCCUUUUCCCCACAUUCACUUCAUUGGACAAGGAGAGAGGAAGGGAAAGGGGGAAGGCCCCAAUCCAAUUCAAGUGCAAUUUGAGGGGGCAUUCAGGGACAAGAUAGAAACUUGAUAACAUAAAUGCUGCAAAGCCUCUUGAAGGUACUGGCUUUAGAUUGGAUAACCUCAGGGGGCUGUAUGGAAGCCUCACUGCAGUGUUUUCCCUCCUCCUCCUCCUCCUGGUAGCAAAACUAAACAUCCUCUUCGUUUCUAUAGAAAAGGAGAGCCUGUUCCCAACUCCUCUUUGAUAGAGUUGUUGCUGUUGUUUUUUUUAGUUAUUCAGAGCCCACAAACACUAGGGAUAAGAUAGUGGAAAGUGGGGCAGUGGCGAGAUGAAUGGAAAGUGGUAGUCUCUUUUGUUCUGUUUUUUAAAAUUCUAUUUUAGCACAAGGGUGUGGGGGACACUGGUGAGAAGUUACUUUUGUUUCAUUUUGACUUAAAACAACACACACACACACAAACACACACACACACACUUUUUUGAGUGCCUACUGAGCCCCAAGAUCUGUGGUGGCGAUUUAAAGUGGAAAAAAAUGGAGCAAAAAGCAGCCCCAGGAAUAGAGUGGGGGAAGAGGGGAAAAAGAAAAUAUAUGCUUGAGCCAGGACACCAUCUUUCCUGGAAGUGUUAGGGAUAUAGCUUUGUCCAUUAUAACCCCCCUCACCUCACCCCAUGCCUUUAUUUGCACAUUGUUUUCAAAGCCUGGUUUACAAAGAGUUGAAUCAGGCACAUA